GCUACGAGGCUAGACUAUCGGAUCGGCGUGAUUUGACCCUUGAGAUGCGUUUCCUGAUUCUUGUUUUGACCGUACCGGCGGUUUACUGCGUCGAGUGGACGCGUGUUCCAAAUGACUGGCCAGUGAUCGGGGUCCUGAUUCAGGAGUUUGGUCCCCCGAAUAUCAGUUACAUUCCAAGUUCUUACGUGAAGUUCGUUGAAGCUGCAGGUGCAAGGGUUGUACCGAUCCACAUCAACCGCGACGGCGCGUACUAUCAGAAGAUCCUUCCGCAACUCAACGGAGUGCUCUUCCCGGGAGGAUCUGUCGGAAUCGAAAACUCUGGCUACGCGAUAGCCGGCAGAGUGAUCUUCGAGUAUGCCUUGCGCGCGAACCAAAGAGGAGAGUAUUUUCCGCUCUGGGGAACCUGCAACGGUUUCGAGAUGUUGUCCUUCUUGGCAAUCGAUGAAAACGUUCUCACUCCUUGUAACGCUAUGAACGACCCGCGGCCGCUGAAAUUGACGCCGUAUGCUAAAACGAGUCGACUCUUCGGAGGGCUCGAAAGCGACUUGCUAUCGCAUCUCACCAAGGAGAAUACGACUGCCAAUUUUCACGAAUAUUGUUUAACGAUGACGAAUUUCACGAAGUAUGGAAUCAGUCAAUACUAUGAUCCGUUGUCGACUAACCAUGAUAUUGAUGGAUUGGAGUAUAUCUCCUCGAUGGAAGCGAAACAUUAUCCUUUCUACGCCGUGCAGUUUCAUCCGGAGAAAAAUGUCUUUGAAUGGGUCAAUAGGGAAGGCCAUUCGAAUAUUCCGCAUACGGAGGGAGCGAUUGAGGUCGCCCAGUUCUUCGCUCGUUUCUUCAUCGAUGAAGCUAGAAAAUCGAAUCACAGAAUGCCGAGUGACAUUUUCGAAAGGGAAUCGAUUUACAAUUUCCAGGCUGAAUACACUGGUCACAAAUCGGUGUUCAUGCAGACGUACUUCUUCAAUGAAUGAGCUCGUCAAUCUUCAGCAGUCCUGGAUAGAAUUCGCAGUCGCUACAUGUCCUCUUGAUGAAUAAAGACCAUCGCGACGGAA